AUGAUGUAUCCUUGUCAAAACGUGUGCUUUCUCCUCUUUUUGACAACAACGCUCCAACUUUGCAUUGUUCGAUUCGGCUCGACUGCACCAAUAGCACAGUCCGGUUUCGCCACCCGAGACGAUUGUAUUUCAGAAUACCCAAACGAACAACAGCCUUAUCGACCAGAAGGUAGUUAUUACCCGCAGAAUUAUCCGCAAAGCUACUCGCGAAACCAAUGGGGCGGAGGGGGUAGCUACUCGGGAAACCGAUGGAAUGGUGGAAAUCAAUGGAACUGGGGAGGGGGUUGGAACAAUCCAUAUUUACCACCAAGUCAAAGUUCCUACCAGCCUUAUCAACCAGCCACCAGCACUUCAAAGCCUGCAUCAGUUUUUGAUACACCAUUCUUCCAACAAGGCUCCUCCUGGAGCAAAUGGAGUAAUGGAAAGAAUGUGACAAAUUGGUGGGACUAUGGAAAUCUUGGACAGGCAGGAAAUCAAGUUAAUUCCGGCUUAUCACGUUUGAAUGAUGUCGUGUCAAAUGUCGAAACUAUGGUUCAUUGUAUCGAAGUCAAUAAUACAACACCUGAGUGUAAGAAACGACAAGAGGAAGAAGCUCGAAGGCAUAGACGUCCACCUGUAGGACCACCUCCACCUGGAGCAAGACCAGCUUCACCAAGUGCACCACCCGCCAACCACCCGGAUGCUUCAGGUAGUUCACCAAAUAGUCCGCCAGGCGAUCCACAGGGGAAGCAUCCGCCAGGCAAUGCCGUGAUUGACUCAGUAGGAGUGCACCACUUAGCUAACGCAUCACAUGAAGAUCCAUCAAACACACCAUCGAGUAUCCCACCAGAUGAACAUCCUUCACUAGCUGCUACAUCAAGUGACCAUUCCUCGGAUCUUACGUCAGUAGCGAAGGAUGUGGCACCAAAAAAUGAAACAGCAAGUGAUAAGCUGUCAGAUGGUACACCCAGUGAUCCACCAUCUAGUCCCCAUCCAGAUGUUAAACGAGAUCUUGAAAAUGAAUCUAAAGAGAAAGCAGGUGAAGUGGAUGAAUCGAUUCGACAAGCAACAAUUAAUAAACUUCAUCAGACUAAUACCACAGAACUUGUCACUACUGCUGAAAGCAAUGAGUCGGUGGACAAUAAAGUGAAACCUUCAGAAAAUGAUAUCUCUACUACAGAAACCGUUCAAAUGGAUGAAGGACGCGUAGAACAAUUGGAAAAGCAAAGCACAAUAAGCUAUGCAGUCCUCUUCGUUAUGAUUUCAUUGUCUAGUAGUACGUCGUUUGAUGAAGCUAAAGCGAUACAAGACACUCUCGAGACCAUUUUGGACUCACUCAAAGCCGAAAACACAACAUUGGAGAAGAAGCCAUUCUCAGCACAGGUGAUCAAGUCAUUCAAUAAUGUUCUCAUAUUUCUCGUGCCUCACUUCAACAUCAAAAACACAUCCUUCAAGAAGCAACGCACUAAGUAUCUUUCAAGUUGGCGUUCAACGAGAUGCAAAAAAGUUUCGCAGUGGCGGCGUCGCCUGGCGGGUAAUGCGCUAGCACCAGGUCCGCUUGCAUGUUGGAAUUCGAUAAAAGAAAAACGACAGUAUUUUAACAAACCAAUUGAUCGUUUGCCAGGACGUAGAGAGAAUCUUCCGAGAGCGAUAGAGCGUUUACCACUCGGGCGAAGUGAUGAACGUCCGAUAGCGAUAUUUGCCUCACAAAAUGACAUCAAAAGUAGCCAAGAAAAGACCGCGCAAAGCCAAAUACCAUUAGUGUUAUUCAUAUAA